GUCAUGAUGACGCUGCGGACCCUGACGGGAUAACGGUGUGUUUAUAUCCGGCUGCUCUGUUCAGAACUCCACCGGGAAUCCUGCUCCUUUAAGCCGCGGCGCCUCCGGACCUGCAGCCCGACUCCAGCUGCCGUGGUGCCGCUGAGCAAACCGCUGAUGCUCCUGUGAUGUAAGGCGAUGCCCACUUGGCCACCAUGGCCAGUGUAACGCUGAGGUACUUCUGUUACGGCUGCCUCGUCACCUCGGUGACCUGGUCCGUCCUCCUCUUCCUCUACUUCUCUCUGGGGGCGGAGCCAGGCCGUGGCAGGACUCCCUUGCGGCACCGCAGCCAGCCAAUCACCAAGGGGCCGGCCAACCAGAGGGCGGAGCUUCGUCCUCUGCUGGCCAAUGAGGGAUUGGAGCAGUCGCCAGAGAUGGGGAUGAUAUUUAACGAAGCCGACCAGGAGGUGAGGGACAGCGGUUACCACCGCCACGCCUUCAACGUCCUCAUCUCCACCAGACUGGGAAACCACCGAGAGCUGCCCGACACCAGAGACUCCAAGUGUCGGGAUAAGGUUUAUUUUCUGGCUCUACCUUCUGCCAGCGUAGUGAUCUGUUUCUUCAAUGAGGCGUUCUCGGCCCUGCUGAGGACGGUCCACAGUGUGCUCGGCCGUACGCCGGCAUACCUCCUGCACGAGAUCAUCCUGGUGGACGACCACAGUGAGCUUGAGGAGCUGAAGGACAACUUGGAUCGGUACGUCAAGGAGGAGCUGCAGGGGAAAGUCAAACUGGUGAGGAACCAGAAGCGAGAAGGACUCAUUAGAGGACGCAUGAUAGGAGCCUCACAUGCUACUGGGGAGGUGCUGGUCUUCCUGGACAGUCACUGCGAGGUGAACCAGGCGUGGCUUCAGCCUCUGCUUGCUCCCAUCCAGAAGGACCGCCGCACAGUCGUCUGCCCCGUCAUCGACAUCAUCUCAGCCGACACGCUGUCCUACUCACCCUCCCCCAUCGUCAGGGGGGGCUUCAACUGGGGGCUGCACUUUAAGUGGGACCCCGUCCCCCCGGCUGAGCUCAACGGGCCCGAGGGAGUCACUGGACCAAUCAGGUCUCCCACCAUGGCAGGCGGUCUAUUCGCUAUGAACAGGAAGUAUUUUAACGAGCUCGGCCAAUACGAUGCCGGCAUGGACAUCUGGGGUGGGGAAAACCUGGAGAUCUCCUUCAGGAUCUGGAUGUGUGGCGGUCAGCUGCUCAUCAUCCCCUGCUCCAGAGUCGGUCACAUCUUCAGGAAGAGGCGACCCUACGGCUCGCCGGGGGGGCAGGACACCAUGGCCCACAAUUCUCUGCGUCUAGCGCACGUAUGGAUGGACGAGUACAAGGAGCAGUAUCUGUCCCUGCGUCCAGAUCUACAUGACCGCAGUUACGGAGACAUCGGUGAGCGCGUGGCGUUGAGGAAGCGGCUGCAGUGUCACACGUUCCGCUGGUACCUGGACACGGUCUACCCCGAGAUGCAGACCCCCGCCAACGGGAACAAGCAGCAGCCGCUGUUCGUCAACAAGGGCCUGAGACGGCCCAAAGUCCUGCAGAGAGGACGGCUCCGUAACCUAGCAACUGGGCGCUGUCUGGUGGCCCAGGGCCGAGCCAGUCAGAAGGGCGGAGUCGUAGUUCUGAGACCAUGUGACCCUCGAGACCCUGAACAGGACUGGGCCUACGAUGAGGAGGGUCAACUGGUCCUGGCAGGUCUGCUGUGUCUCGAUGUGUCUGAGGUCAGGACCUUUGACCCCCCCAGACUGAUGAAGUGUCACGGUUCGGGGGGGUCGCAGCAGUGGAGCCAGGGGAAGUCCAACCGUCUUUACCAGGUCUCGGUGGGUCAGUGUCUCUCCGUUGCUCAGCCAACCGGGCCCAAAGGUUACGUGUCCAUGGCGAUAUGCGACGCCUCUCCGGCACAGCAGUGGCAGCUGGAGGGUUAACCCUAACCCGCCUCUCCAUUUGAAGGACAGACCGGUUUGUUCAAAGACAAUCAGGUUUUAUGGACACUUUGUGAUUUAGAUAUUCGUCUUCACUCGUUUGAUUGUUUGUGUUUUUGACGACUUUUCUGAAUAAUCAGAUUUUAUUUAGUUUUUAAUGUUUCUCUCUUUUUAAAAGUAUUAGUUUCAGUUCCAGAUGAGACUUGAAAACAACCAGACCUGGAAAUAAUACGUCCACACAGAGUCCUGCAGGUACCUGGAGUCUUUUUAUGUUCAGGUUCCAGAAACCUGCAGAAGGAGUUUUUUAUUUCUGUGUGGAAGGAAGAGUUGCUGAACGUCCUGUCAGACCGAUGAGAAUCCCUGUGAGACGCGGUGGACCCAGUGUACACCGUGGACCACGACACAAAGACAAUGAAACCACCAAGAUUAUUACAACCUGGACAUGUUGCUGCUUGUACAACAAAUCCUAGAUUCCUCAGUGAACGAGACUCUAGACAUGUUGAAGGAUCCUAAAGUCACCUGUUGACCUGUUGACCUGUUGCUGACCUGUUGACAUGUGACUGAUGUGUUGACGUGUAACUGACCUGUUGACGUGUUGACCUGUUGACGUGUGACUGACGUGUAACUGACCUGUUGACGUGUAACUGACGUGUAACUGACAUUUAACUGACCUGUUGACGCGUAACUGACCUAUCAAAUGAAUACAUGAAUAAAAAAAACAAUGUCUA